AUGGCCGUCCGCGGCGGCAGCGCCCUGACGCCUUUCUCCAUCCAGGCCAUCCUCAACAAGAAGGAGGAGCGCACCCGCCACGCCGCGGGACGGACGCAGCCCCCGGGGGCAGCCGGCGGCUGGCGGCUUUGCGGUUCCGCCGACGGUCCGCCGCUUCCCUCGCUCCCCGCCACCCCCCGUGCCCCGGCCCCGCGGACGCCGGCGGGGUGGGACUCGGAUUCGGCGCUCAGCGAGGAUCCCGAGGGCGAGCGGCGAACUGAGGAGGAGGGAGCCGGUGGCAGCGCCCGCCCUGCCGAAGCCGCUGGGGGGGCGGCCGGCGGCGGUGGAGGAGGAGGAGGUGCGGCCCCCGGAGGCUGCGGAGCAGGACACCGCCGGGCUCAGUGACAGCGAGAUGUCCGCCGCCGUCUCAGAUCGCAGCCCGCCGGAGGAGGAGGAGGACGGAGCAGGCAAGUGGGGAAGCUGCUGCCGGGGGAGGAGGAGACGGCGGCGCCGAAGCCGCGGAAGAAGCGCUCCCGUGCAGCCUUUUCCCACGCCCAGGUGUUCGAGCUGGAGCGGAGGUUCAACCACCAGCGGUACCUGUCGGGACCCGAACGGGCCGACCUGGCCGCCUCUCUCAAACUCACCGAGACUCAGGUGAAGAUUUGGUUCCAGAACCGACGCUACAAAACCAAACGCCGGCAGAUGGCCGCCGACCUCCUGGCCGCAGCCCCCGCUGCCAAGAAGGUGGCCGUCAAGGUGCUGGUGCGGGACGACCAGAGACAGUACCACCCCGGCGAGGUGCUGCGGCCGCCCUCGUUGCUCUCCCUCCAGCCCUCCUACUACUACCCCUACUACUGCCUGCCUGGGUGGGCUCUGUCCACCUGCGCCGCAGCCGCCGGCACCCAGUGA